CCUGAGUUUGAGUUGCAGAUGAAUGACUCGAAAACGAAAGUAAAUUCAGCCCUUUGUUCUUCAGAAAAUAUGAAGUUAUUAUUAAGUUAAAUGUAUAAACGUUUUACAUGAAUUUCAGUUUUAGUGUACCGAGAUGAAUUAAUGACAAAAUCAACAAGGCAACCUAGAACUAAAAUCCUCAUAAAUUCAGGUAUGGCACUAUCAAAUGUUCUCGAAAUACCUACAUCGGGAUUUAAUUUCGAGAACGUCGCCAGAAAUGUUGCUCUGGAGGGCCUGCUUGAGGGAGGACAGACCAAGACCCCUAAGCCUAUGAAGACUGGGACCACCAUAGCUGGACUAGUGUGCAAGGAGGGAGUGGUACUGGGAGCAGACACACGGGCCACCUCCGGUGAAGUGGUGGCUGAUAAGAUGUGCGCCAAGAUCCACUACAUCUCCCCCAAUAUAUACUGCUGUGGUGCAGGAACUGCAGCGGAUACAGAGAAGACGACCGACCUGCUCUCCUCCAACCUCACCAUCUUUUCUAUGAACAGCGGCAGGAACCCACGUGUCGUGAUGGCAGUAAACAUACUGCAGGACAUGCUAUUCAGGUACCGGGGCCAGAUAGGGGCCAGUCUAAUCCUAGGAGGGGUGGACUGCAACGGCAAUCACCUCUACACAGUGGGGCCCUAUGGGAGCAUAGACAAUGUGCCAUACCUUGCAAUGGGGUCUGGUGAUUUGGCUGCUUUGGGGAUUCUGGAGGACAGGUUCAAACCUAAUAUGGAGAUGGAGGAGGCUAAGGAGCUGGUCCGGGAUGCCAUCCACUCUGGCAUCAUGAGUGACCUGGGCUCAGGAAACAACAUAGAUAUCUGUGUCAUCACUAAACAGGGGGUGGACUACAUCAGGCCGUACCAGGAGUCAGAGUACAAAGACAAGAGGCAGAAGAGAUACAAGUAUGGCCCAGGUACAACAUCUAUUUUGACAGAGAAAAUAGUCCCUCUGGAGCUGGAGGUAGUGCAGGAGACAGUCCAGCGGAUGGAUACCGCCUGAACAUGACCACUCAGAAACGACAAAGAGAGGCUGGAGACAGUCACACAGAGGCUAAUCACAAUAUUCAGACAUAAAAGAAAUGAUUAAAAGACACCUAAUAAUGACAAGACUUGACUACAAGGAGGUGACACUACAAUGCAAAGCCAUAAAAACCUUGUGACAUAAAGAUCGUAGUUGAAUGAACUGUAGGCAGCGAUACAUUUUGAACAGGUAUAAAAUACCUAAGCUAGUGGGUGAAAUAUUGGAAAGUGAUUGAUUGAAUAAAAAGUCUACAUUCUUUUUCAUGAAAA